AUUCAGACUCACCCACACAGUCUAUAUACCCCCCCGCCUCCGUCCCACACUGUGCAUGUGGAACAGCACUAUUCUUCUCUCUUUCUACUCUCUCUCAUCUCUCUCCCUUCGCCACCAAGCUUCCAUGCAUUUUCAUAGCCCCACCCCAAUCUCUCUCUCUCUCUCUCUCUCUCGUGUAUAUAUAUAUAUAAAUAUAUGUAGCAAGCUACUCUGCAAUCCCCCACCACUACGAUAGCCCUAUCUCUCUCUCUCUCUCUCUCUUCCCACACACACCCUCUCAGUACUCUCUCUCUCUCUCUCUCUCUCUCUCUCUCUCUCUCUCUCUCUCUCUCUCAGUUACACGCUCCCACAAAGCUACGCAUAGCUAGCUUCCAGGGGAGUUUGAGCUGCAGGGCUGAUAGGUGUGUGACAGUUAAGUUUUAGUAUAUAUAGCUUGCUCGGUGGUUUGAGAGGAUCGAGGAGGAGUAGUAGCGUGCGUAUAUAAAAUAGAAGCUAACUAGGUAAGAAUUGGAGAAUGGUGUCUAGGAAGGCAGGGUGUAACACACAUGGACAGGACUCGUCCUACUUCCUAGGUUGGCAGGAGUACGAGAAGAAUCCCUACCAUGUUGCCCUUAACCCCUCUGGCAUUAUUCAGAUGGGUCUCGCUGAGAAUCAGCUAUCCUUUGACCUGCUCGAAUCAUGGUUGGCCGACAAUCCCGACGCCGCCGGAUUCAGCAAAAAUGGAAGCUCCGUUUUCAGGGAAUUGGCUCUCUACCAAGAUUACAACGGCAUGCCUGCUUUCAAGCAAGUACUAGCAGAUUUCAUGGCAGAAAUAAGAGGAAACCGAGUGACAUUUGAUCCAAACAAGCUUGUUCUAACCGCUGGCUCUACUUCCGCUAAUGAGAUUCUCAUGUUUUGUCUCGCCAAUCCCGGCGAUGCUUUCCUUCUUCCUACACCCUACUAUCCUGGGUUUGACAGAGAUCUCAAAUGGCGAACCGAAGUUAACAUCGUCCCAAUCCACUGCUACAGCUCAAACGGCUUCAAGAUCACCAAAUCCGCUUUGGAAGAAGCCUACGAACUCGCCCGAACCCAAAACCUCAAUGUCAAAGGAGUUCUCAUCACCAACCCGUCCAACCCCCUGGGCACCACUGCCACCCCCGACGAGCUCCAAAGCCUCCUCUCCUUCGUCGCCGCUAAAAAUAUCCACCUCAUCAGCGACGAAAUCUACUCCGGCACCGUCUUCCACUCCCCGUCCUUCAUCAGCGUCGCCGAAGCCUUGGCCGCCGCAGACCUCGACGUCCGCCGCCGCACCCACAUAGUCUACAGCCUCUCCAAGGACCUGGGCCUCCCGGGUUUCCGCGUCGGCAUGAUCUACUCCAACGACGAAACCGUGGUGGCCGCCGCCACCAAGAUGUCCAGCUUCGGCCUCGUCUCGUCGCAGACGCAGUACCUCCUCACGAACAUCCUCGCCGACGAGAAGUUCCGCCGCUGGUACAUGGCGGAGAACCAGCGGCGGCUCAAACGCCGGCUGGAAAUGCUGGUGUCGGGACUCCGGAACGCGGGGAUUGGGUGCUUGGAAAGCAAUGCGGGUCUGUUCUGCUGGGUGGACAUGAGGCACCUCCUCAGCUCCAACACGUUCGAAGCGGAAAUGGAGCUGUGGAAACGGGUCCUCGGCGAGGUCGGGUUGAAUAUAUCUCCCGGGUCGUCUUGCCACUGUUCCGAACCCGGCUGGUUUCGAAUGUGCUUCGCCAACAUGUCGGAAGAAAUCCUUGACCUGUCAAUGCAGCGGAUCAAGACGUUCAUGGAUACCAAGUGGGUUUGCCGACUAUCGUCCUAUGAUUAUGAACUGGGUCGGGUUCCGGAUCGUUAGCGGGUCAAGCUAGCUUGAAAGUGAAAUCAGACUAAUGUCCUAGCUACUAUAUUUUUGUGUUAUUAUUACAUCAAUAAGGAGAGAAUGAGUGAAUACAUCUGUAGUGUUUAGGUUGAGUUAUUUCAUAUCAUAUAUAUCCAAUCAUUACUAACGUAUUACUAAUAAUAAUUAAAAUUUAUGUA